CUGUCUUUUGGAGCGUGAUUGAAGCGAUGUGUUACAGCCGUAUUCAAGGUCAUCCCACCAAUUCAACAUAGUCUUUUCUGUAUGCAGUUCCCAUUCUUGAUGAUUACUUCUGGUGGUGGUUGCAGUCGUUUUAUAUUUAAUUUUACUCGUAUGUAACUGUAAAUAAUGCUUCAUUUGACGAAUGCUGUGGUAAAAAUUAGUUCUUACUUUGCGAAUAUUUUCGAAACUUACAUUUGGUUUUUCAAUGUUCAAUUUAUCCAAUGCUUAUGACCUGCUUCUAGUCAAUUAUCCACUCUUCCAAUUAAAGGGGAAUAUUAACCCUUACUGUGGGUGCCCUUCGAUUCUAGUCUCUGUUCACAACGUCCAUAAAAAUGGUUGGGAAACUAGUUGGUCUCUAUGUGAAUCUAUGUUCAAAGUGUUUGUACCACUAUCUCCAGGUUGUAAUACUUUACAAUUAAAGUGUAAACAUCAUCUCGCUGAAUUCCGAAUAGUAUGUGUACAUAAUCAUAACUCGUCAUUUAUAGUUCGGCCUAUUUAUGUAAUUUGUUCCGAUGAUACUGGAGAGUUUCAAGCUCCUGAAGGAGUAGUUUCUACAAAAGAAAAUGCCUGCAAACGCAUUGGACUGGGAAUCCGGUUGUUACAAACUUUAACGGCAGAGGCGUUUUUUUCUGAACUUGGCAAGAGAUACACUUUUAUGACUAGAGAGAACUUAGUUGAAGAACUGUCUCCAGACUUUCUACAGGCAUCUCAUGUUUCCUGUAUGUGUCAUUACUCAAGUCUCAGUAAAACGUUUGUUAGCAAUAGCACUCCUGAAGAAGUAUGGAAGCAGUUGGCGUACGAACUUUAUAAAACAUAUCCUGAUAAUUUCAAUCGCACCAAAUGGAUCGCAUUCAUGGCUUGCACACGAUAUCAUCCUAUGAAUAAAAGCAGUACUGAAUCGCUUAGUUAUGAUGAGAUACUUAACCGCACAACAGCUCAUUUUGCCCUUGGAACAGGAGGUUUAGCUCUACUCGGGACAGGAACAUUACAUGCUUGGCCAGAAAGUAUUGAAGAUUUGCAGUCGGUGAUGCAAGAUACUCGGUUAAUUGAUACAACUUUGAUGGAUGAUACUGCGUAUCGACACACAUUUUGGGCAGCCUUCUCAACUGGAUUAGGAGCUGUUUGGCAUGAAUUAGGUCAUUGUUUUGGAUUGGAACACUAUCCUCAUGGAAUAAUGUUUCGCGGUGAUGAUAUUAACUUAUGUCUUGGUUUUCCACCUCCUGAUUCCAUGUGUCCACAUGAACUCAGAACAAAUGGAGAAGUAAUUCAAGGCUUAUGUCAACCUAAAAAUCAAGCUAUCAAUAGUCUUUGUGGUAGAGUUCUAUGUCAAGUAUGCCAAUCUUGCUGUACAGUUAUCGUUAGUUUAAACCACCUACAUCUGUGCCUGGUAUUAUGCAGUUCCAUCGUAUAACUCAGUUUGUGCCAGUGAAAUCCACUUCACAUUCUUUAGAUCAUUUCAAUAAUGGAGAAGAAAAGAAUUCAAAACAAUGGGGAUUUUGUAGUUCUUUAUGGCAUCAAGGUUCCGCAUUUUGGGGAUCGGAAGCACUUUCAAAGUUAAUUUCAAGUCCAUGGAUUACCGAAGCAUCAUCUGAAGGUAAAACCCGCUGUUGAAAAUUGGAAUAAUUACGGUCAAGUACUGAUGAUGACAAGUUUUCCGGCAUCUUCUUACAAUACUUUUCAAAUGACUUUUUUUAUAUGAUGAAUACCUCUAUACUCUGAGUGGUCAGACAAUAAAUAGUGAUUUAUUUAGUGA